AUGAAGCUCUCUUUUUCUCUACCUUCAAAAUCCCAAUCCAAUCGCUCUAAAAAGCUCUCGCAAUCCUUCUCCGCCGCUGAUGCUGAGCCGUCCAUCGCCGAUUCGUCCUCCAAAAAUUAUGUUACGGAAUUCAACUCGGCUGAAGCUCCGGUGGAUCCCCAAUCCAAACCCAAAUUUAUUCCCCCUAUUCCCAACCAAUGGCGUCCCAAUAAAAAGCUCAAAAACCUGCCAAAUCUUCCCUCUCUAAAGUCUGACGGCGAAAAUACUCUCCAAUUUGAGGUUGUGCCUGAUGGGAAUCCCGAUGCUUCUGAUAAAUUGAUGGCUUACGGGCUCAAUCUUCGUAGUAAACCAUCGGGUGGUUCUGCAGAUGAUCCAGGUGAAGAAUCGAAUUUGCCAAUUUCGGACUUGGAGUUGAGGAAGUUGAGGGAGGAUUUGGAGAAGUUACCGGAGGAUACUGGGAUUGAUGAAUAUAUGGAUAUGCCCGUGGAGGGCUUUGGUGCAGCUUUGCUAUCGGGGUAUGGAUGGAAUAAGGGCAGGGGCGUUGGCCGCAAUGCCAAGGAGGAUACCAAGAUUCUUGAGGUUAAAAAAAGAGCUGGUAGAGGAGGUUUAGGGUAUGAGGGGGAAUUACCUGACAAUCAAAAUGGCAAUAACGGUAAUGCUGGUGAAGCUUUUGGGAGUAGAGAUGUCAGGCGGAAUAAGAGGGAGGAUGCAAAGGAAAAGAAAGGGUUUGAUGUGGGGAAAGAGGUGAGGAUAGUGAAAGGGAGCGAGAUGGGGAUGAAGGGUAAAAUCGUUGAGGUGAGAAGUGGUGGAGAUUUAUUGGUUUUGAGGAUGUCAAGAAAUGGGGAGAAGGUGAAGGUGCUUGUUAAAGAUGUGGCGGAGGUGGGUUCUGCAGAGGAGGAGAAAUGCUUAAGGAAAUUAAAGGAGUUGAAGGUUAAAGAAAAAAACAGUAGUAAUGAUAAACGUGAUAAAACUUCUUCGAGCAAAAGGGGCCGAGAGGAAGAAAAAAUAGGUAGUGAGAGAGUGAAUUGGUUGAGGAAUCAUAUUCGGGUGAGAAUAGUAAGUGAGGUAUUGAAGGGUGGGAGAUUGUACUUGAAAAAGGGGGUGGUAAUGGAUGUGGUGGGCCCUGGGGUUUGUGAUAUUUCAAUGGAUGAGAGUGGGGAGUUGGUACAAGGUGUGGGCCAGGACUUACUGGAGACUGCUAUCCCAAAACGUGGAGGCAAAGUACUAGUAUUGUAUGGUAGGUACAAGGGUGUGUAUGGGAGUUUGCUGGAGCGCGAUUUGGAGAAGGAGACGGGUUUAGUUCAGAAUGCAGACACACAGGAGUUUCUCAAUGUUCGGCUUGAACAAAUUGCAGAAUAUAUUGGAGAUCCAAGCCAUAUUGGUUAUUGA